CAUAAGUAUCCAGUGAUAGUUUGAAAACUUGUAGAAAACUAUUCAUUAGAUUUCGUUUGAGAGAAAAGGCGGGAUGCUUGGUGCAUUCUGGACAGAGAUCUUAGUGGCAUUUUUGCUGGCUGCAACUUUGCUAAUCAAAUAUGCAAAUGUGUUUCGCAUUCACAUUAUAGUCACUGUCUCUGUACUGAUAGCCUGGUAUUUUUCUCUCUUAAUCAUCUUCAUAAUACCUUUGGAUGUUUCUUCGACUGUAUUCAGGCAGUGCGUAGAGCAGAACAUACACAACAACACUAAAAAUGUUGAUAACACAACCUCUACACCAAUUGUUACGUGUAAAGAACCUUGGCCAAAUGUGCCAGAUCAUUUAUUUCCAAAUCUGUGGAGGAUAGUUUACUGGACAUCACAAUGCCUGACAUGGUUAAUACUCCCAUUGAUGCAAUCUUAUAUAAAGGCAGGAGACUUCACUGUACGCGGAAAACUAAAAUCUGCUUUAAUAGAUAAUGCUAUAUAUUAUGGCAGUUAUUUGUUUAUAUGUGGCAUACUUUUAAUAUACAUUGCAUUAAAACCUGGCUUAGAUCUUGAUGGGCAAAAAUUGAAAGCUAUAGCAUCAUCUGCAUCUAAUACAUGGGGUUUAUUCUUAUUGGUUUUAUUACUUGGAUAUGCUCUCGUAGAGAUACCUCGAGGAUUGUGGAAACGCAGCAAACCUGGAUAUACUUUAAAUUAUAGCUAUUUCAAGAUAGCAAAAUUAAGCUUAGACAAAUGCGAAGCAGAGGAAACAGUAGAUGAUAUACUUGAGUCACUACAAAUUGCAACAAUAUCUAUUAGGCCUGGUCACCCAUUCCAUUGUAACUUGGAAACAAUUUUACAAAAGAUACCUACAGAAUUGAUGGAUAGAAUGAACAGAAGACAACUGCCAGAUGAUACUCCAACAGAUACACCCACUGAAAAAUCUUUAAUUCGAUUACAUAGACAGACUAUAAAAGCAUUACAGACUUUAGAACGUGUAGAGACUCAGUGGAAUAUUUUAGUAGACAAGAUUUUUAAUUUGGAAGAUGUAGCGAAAAAUCAAGUAAGUCAUGAUAGAAGGUUUAAACCAUCUUUUCCAGUAUAUGUCUCGCUACCCAUUCGUAUUAUUUACAAUCCUGUUAUCGAAUGGUACUGGAAAUGUAUCAUAAAGGGAUAUGUUUUGAAAAUAGCUGCUAUUUGUGCUGGUUGUUUGUCAGUGGUUGUUGUAUGGUCAGAAGUAACAUUCUUCAACAAGUCUCCUGUGUUGUCGAUAUUUGCUCAAUUUCUGAAUUUAGCGAAAAGAGACUAUGAUUAUGUUGGAAUGGAGAUAUUAUCUACGUUUAUUAUUGCGUACCUUUGUUAUUGCGCUUAUUCUACCGUCUUAAAGAUCAGAGUGUUAAAUCUUUAUUACUUGGCACCUUACCAACAAACGAAUGAGUAUAGUCUCAUAUUCAGUGGUAUGAUGUUUUGUCGCUUAACUCCGCCCAUGUGUCUUAAUUUUCUGGGACUUAUUCAUAUGGAUUCGCAUAUCAUCAAGACUCAUAUUUUAGAAACACACUAUACACAGGUGAUGGGUCAUAUGGAUGUCAUUUCUAUAAUAUCAGAUGGCUUUAACGUAUACUUUCCUAUGGCCAUUCUAGCAUUCUGCUUAGCGACAUACUUUAGUGUAGGUAGUAGAUUACUUUCCAUGUUGGGUUUUCAACAAUUUCUCGAUGAUGAUGAAUUCACGACAGACCUUGUAGAUGAAGGAAGGGAGCUUAUGAAAAGAGAGAGGCGCAGACGGCAAAGAGAAGAAGAUUCUAUUUACAGACGUGAAUUGCAAGAGAGAUUAAAUAUUUCGGGUUCAGGAUCGCGUUACAGAACAUCUCGACAAAACACAGAUACUGUGCGACCGUUAAAACGAGAUGAAUCGAUUGAAUCGGCAAGAGCAGGUCUAUUGCACGAUUUCGAUCCUGCGGAUUAUUACAUUGGUAUGACAUUUAGAGGAGAGAAUUACGGUGCGAAUAAUCAUUACGACGGGGAAAAUCAAGGUGACAAUGAUUCAUACGAUUCGAGUAUGCACUCGAACAUGAAUGCAUUUUCCACAAAUCGCGUGGGUCCUCCACCUAGAGGAUUGUUUGACGAUAUUUAAAGGAUUGCGGUUUCGUAGAUACAGCUUUGGUACAAGAAUCAUAUGUAAAUUGGCUUUUAGAGAUUUACAUUAUUUAGACAUUUAUACCAAGCAACGCGACGAUUUGUUGAUACGAUAAAAUAUGAGAAUAAUGAAUUAUAUAGUA